ACCCCGAGGAGGGAAGGUUGAGCUGCUUUCUGGGUUUAAAGUCACGUUUUGUUGCAUUUUUGUGGCCAUGGAUUGGAGUCUACAUGCAAAAAUGGAGCUUUUUUAGGCCUUAAAUGGAGCUUUUUGACAAAUCAGGUUGUGUUUUUACUGCUUCAGGAUUCUUUUCUGCCUUGUGUUGAUCAGUGGAAAUGGGGAGCUCUGUUUUCUCAGCAGCUGGAGCUUCUUGCCUUCUUGUCGUCCUCCUGCUCUGCUGCUCUGGUGGGAGAUGUGAGCUCCAGGAGCAGAAACCUUCAUCCGGCAGCAUCCCCACCGUCAACCCGCUCCACGAUGACCUGAACCAGCCCCAGGCCUUCCCCGAGCCGGAGAGGGCCAACCUGCCCGUCUUCACCAUGGACUACCCCCGCAUCCAGGUGCCCUUCGAGUUCACGCUCUGGGUGCUGCUCGCCUCCUUCGCCAAGAUCGGGUUCCACAUCUACCACAAGAUCACCAUCUGGAUCCCGGAGUCGUGCCUGCUGAUCGCCAUUGGCCUGAUCGUGGGCGCCAUCAUGCACUCGGUGAAGGAGGAGCCUCCGGCGGUGCUCAGCUCCAACGUCUUCUUCCUCUACAUGCUGCCGCCCAUCGUCCUGGACAACGGCUACUUCAUGCCCACGCGGCCGUUCUUUGAGAACGUGGGCACCGUGCUGUGGUACGCCGUGGUGGGAACCCUGUGGAACAGCAUCGGCAUCGGCCUCUCGCUCUUCGCCAUCUGCCAGAUCGAGGCGUUCGGGGUCCAGGACAUCAACCUGCAGGUGGGUCAGAGGUCAGAGGUCAUGGCCGGGUUUGUUGGGUCACAUUUAUGAUUCAGUUUGUGUCUCUUUGGUCCUGUUUCCUCUUUUUGUUGUCUUUCUGUAGACUUUUUUGUCUCUUUGUGGGUCUUCUGUGUCUGUUUGUCGUCAUUUAUUGUGUCUGUGUCGCCCUUCUGCAUCUUUGUGUUCUGACUUUAUGCAGCCAGUUCAUGUGUCUUUGGAGCAAGAUUGUGUCUUUUUGUUGUCAUUUUAUGUCUGUCUGAGGUCAUUUUGUGUUUGUUUUGUUGCCAAUUUUUGUCUUUUUCUCAACUUUUUGUAACUUUUUGUAGUAAUUUUGUCUCUUUGAGGUCAUAUUGUGUUUGUUUUGUUGUCAUUUGUGUCUCUUUGCCAUCAUUUUGUGUUAUCAUAACGUGCGCCAUCACCAUGAAGUACUACGUGGAGGAGAACGUGUCCCAGAGGAGCUGCACCACCAUCCGCCACGUGGUCAAGAUGCUGGCCACCGUCUCCGAGACCCUCAUCUUCUUCUUCCUGGGCGUGGUUACCAUAACGACGGAGCACGAGUGGAGCUGGGCCUACGUCCUGUUCACGCUGCUGUUCGCCUUCGUCUGGAGAGGAAUCGGGAUGCUGGUUCUGACUCAGAUCGUCAACCCGUUCCGUACGAUCCAGUUCAGCUUCAAGGACCAGUUCGGUCUGGCCUACGGGGGUCUGCGGGGGGCCAUCUGCUUCGCUCUGGUCUUCACGCUGCCGGACAACAUCAACAGGAGGAACCUGUUCGUCACGGCCUCCAUCGCCGUCAUCAUCUUCACCGUCUUCAUCCAGGGAAUCAGCAUCCGGCCCAUCGUGGAAUACAUAAACAUCCGCAGGACCAACAAAGACCUGAACACCAUCAACGUGGAGGUCCACACCAGGAUGAUGGAGCACGUGGUUUGUGGCAUCGAGGACUUGUGUGGUCAGUGGAGUCACUACUACUGGAAGGACAAGUUCAAGAAGUUCAACGACAAAGUCCUGAGGCGGAUCCUGCUGCGAGACAACCGGGCCGAGUCCAGCAUCGUGUCUCUGUACAAGAAGCUGGAGCUGCAGAACGCCAUCGAGCUGCUGGACACGCCGAUGGGAGAUCUGAGCGCAGCGCCAUCUAUCGUCUCUCUGCACGACGAGAAGAAGGAGGCGGCUCGGCCCAAGAAGAAGUUCUUGGCGGCUGACGUGAGGAAGAUGCACGACAUCCUGUCAAAGAACAUGUACAAGAUCCGGCACAGGACGAUGGCCUACACCAGCAAAUACAAUCUGCCCGACAACAGCCGAGCCCGAGAGAUUCUGAUUCGCCGCCACGCGAGCAUCAGACGCAGCCUUCGACCAGGAAGCUUCCGCGAGUUGGGAGAGCAGAACAUCCCGCGGGCUCAGAAGUAUUACUCCCUGCAGCCUGGAGGAGAUCUGGAGUCAGCGUUCGGCCUCAGGAGACGAAGUCAUGGUGGCGAUGAGGUGGACCGCCUCUCGGCUCGCCUCCAGACCUCCGGUGUUUCCUCGCGCUCCUCUUCCCGCUCUCUGGUGCCCAUGAGGAAGCUGAACACCAUCCAGGAACAGAGGAGUCCAGGGGCCGCCUCUGCCCACCCUAACCCACCGAGCCAUUUGGACGAAGGGGCCUCUGGAGGUCCGUCCGGUUCCAGCCUCAGAGGCAGGAGGGCUCCGGUUCCUGCGCCCAGGAGACGCAGCUCGGACCGGGAAGACGACUCUGAGCAUCCAGGAGGAGACGAGGAACCGGUGAACCCUGGAGGCUGGGUACCCGACGACGGAGACCCCCGAGAACACGAGGCGGGACUUCUUAGACACUCGUCAGUGAGGUCUGGAGGCUCGGCGAGGUUAUGACGGACAGAAGCAUCAAGCUUUAGAUGUUGUAGGUGGACUCACGUCUGCUUUGUACACACCGUUAAUGACCGGGGACAAUGAGACUCUGAUGGCCUGGUUACAGACGUCAUGAGGACUGAUCACAAUGUUUUCUUGAUGCUCUUUGGAAGCAUAUCGACAACAUUACACAUCAUGAUGGAGCCAAACCACUUCCACACUUGUUCUAUUGAAUGUUGGGUUGCAUAUACUCUCAGAAAGUCCAGUUUCCAAUCACACAGGCCCAUUAUUAUGUACUUUUAAGAUGUUUUUAUAUGUUUUUUGGCAAUUUUCAUAUGAUUUCCUUGUUAUUUAAAUUGAAUUUUGAGCUUUUUGCUGUUGGAAGUUGAGGGGAAUCGAAAUCCUGACGUUAAAGUGAAGACGGAUUUCGUUAAAACGCCCGUUUUAUGAGGUUAUCACAACUUAAAUUUAGUUUUAAAUCAACUGAACCAGAAAUUUAAGUUUAAAUCACACACAAUAUUAAGCAACCUUAUUAUGCAAACCCAACUCAUUGACAUUAACCCACUUCCACCUGAAACCUUCCACUAAGAAUAAAAUGUAUUUUGCAUAGAACUAGAAUAAGCAUGCAUCGUUUACAAGCAGCUACCUUUAUUUUUUUAAGCAAAAUAAUAAAAAAUAAUCAGAAAAGUUCAACUAUAAGAAUGCAGCUUUUCUUCCGUCCAUCCCAGUUGUGUUCUAUUAAAGGAAACACGGCAGCCAUGAGGGGAUUAAUGUGCGAUUAGCCGAGCUGCCAGUCAGGCUGAAGCAUCGCGGUCACUUCAUGGUGUAAACAUGUUAGAAAUAGAAAAUCUAAUUCUGCUUUAAAAAGUGCUAAUACUCGUUGUUUAGAGCCCAAUCUAAUUAAACUGAUGGCGGCAGCAGCGUGGGCUGUACGAGGACGACCGUGUUGUGAUGAAGUAUCAGCCAAUAAGUUGGUGAAAUCGACUUUACUUCGCAAGGAAAUCGACAUAAAAGCUGGAAAUGAUUAAAAACUUGGACCACACAAAAGCAGCCAUUUGUUAAAUCUGCCGCCGGAAUUAGCCGCCGCAGCGCUGCCAAACUUUAAAUCUGUGUUUAAGUGUUGAGUUAAAAGGCAAAAAUCUAAAUAUAAACGGUCUCCAGGGUACUGCCGUUCAUUUAUACUUUACAAAACCACAAACAGAAGCAAAAAUCUAAGACAAUAAACAAUCUGCUCCAAAGCAAGCUACAGUGUCUUAGCAUGUGUUGCUAACUAGCUUACAACAUCUGUUGAGUUACUAACAAAACCCAAUAAGUAAUGUUCUACAUUAUUUUGUGAGGGUUUCAGUUAAAUUUAAAAAACAAAAAGCCCGUCCAUGACUUCACAGUUCAUUUUUCUCACACUGUGUUCAAGUUGUAGCUAUAUUCAACUUUAGGCUAACGUUAGCGGCUAUGCCUAGCGCUACUGGAUUUAUGUUCACACUCCAGUAUUAUUCAACUUCCUGUUGUGUUUAAACACCCUGAUUAGUUUACUUUAAUAAAGAAAUGUCUCUUGUA